AUGCUAUUCAUUCAAAAGAGAUUACCAUAUGAACAGGAUCAUGUCAACAUAAAUGAUUCUUCAACUUGUGAUGUUAUCCGGAACAAAUUGGUGCCUCAUAAGACUUCUACCACUAAGGCCUCAAGGCUUUCAGUCUCACAAUCUGAGAGCAACAAUCACUCUAGACCAGCAAGAAGCAGUUCAGUGACUCGUCCUUCGAUCUCCACUUUACAGUCUCAGUACAACAACAACUAUUCUUCAAACAGAUCCUCCUCCACAAAUAUCCUCAACACAAGCUCAGCCUCAGUUUCAUCUUACAUUAGACCAUCUUCCCCGAUACCCCGUUCGACAUCUUCGACAAGGCCUUCAACUCCUACUUCGCGCACAACACCAUCAAGGGCGUCAACACCUUCCAGAAUACGUACAGUUUCGACAAGCUCUACUGCUGAAAAGCCUAGACCAAUAUCACAAAGCUCGAGGCCUUCCACUCCUAGUUCUAGGCCUCAGGUUCCUGCAAACUUACAUUCCCCAUCUGCACCAUCGACUCGAUCGUUAUCUCGUCCUUCUACUCCCACACGUAGGAGUUCAAUACCAUCUCUUUCUCCUUCCUCUGCAACAAGUUCUUCAACUUCAGCUGGACGUGUUCCAUUGAACGGGCGUAGUUCAGCACCAUCCUCACGGCCAAGCUCACCAAGUCCACGAAUCUGGGCCCCACCACAGCCUGUUGUUCCACCCGAUUUUCCCCUUGAUACACCACCAAACCUCAGAACAACGUUGCCCGAUAGACCUGUCUCUGCAGGUAGGUCCCGUCCGGGUGUUAACACUUUGAAAGGAAAUACUUCUGAAACCCAAGCGUCGGUUAAUAUGCCAAGGCGAGCUUCGUCUCCUAUUGUCAGUAGAGGAAGAUCAACAGAACCUGUCAGUAAAAGUCGUGGAUUUGCCAAUGGCAAUGGCCAUCAUGCUGAUGUUCAUGAACCUAGAAAAGUCUCACAUGCUCCUGAGGUAGCUGCAAGAAGAUCAGUUAAAGCCUCAACCAACACAACUGACAACUCUGGAUUUGGAAGGAAUAUCUCAAAGAAAUCCUUGGAUAUGGCAAUCAAGCACAUGGACAUAAGGAACGGCUCGGGAAAUCAUCGUGCACUAUCAAGCACCACACUGUUUCCACAAAGUAUUCGAAAUUCCACGCCCAAGAGUCAAUAUAAUCGAGGUUCAAGUGCUCCACCAACAUCUAUCGAAGCGAACGGAAACAUACUAAACAAAAAUAAUGGAUCCCAUUUUGACGUGGUAAACGGAAUCAAUAGAAAUAUGAUAAAAGGAAGAGAGAUAGAUGAAAGACAAUACUCAGCAAAACUGAGUGAAAUUGACGUAUACGAGAGCUCUCGUUACGACGCGCUGUUGCUUAAAGAAGAUUUGAAGAAUACAAACUGGCUUCAUAGUGUGGAUGAUAAAUUUGAUCAAGGCUCCUUAUUAUUUGAUAAUGGAUUCGAGAACCUGCCUGAGCCUUUUGGUCUCUUAUAG